AUGGCUUCCUCCAACACCAGCCUGUUGGAUAUCAAAUUCCGUGAUGCCUUCAGCCACAACAUUCCUCCACUGAGUCCAAAGACGAACGAACUUUCAGCCGGUCACAGAAAACAGCCCACUUACCGCCCGCUGACAACGACGACCAUUUUCGAUCAUGACCAAGUCCUUGUCCUCAGAGACGGGACCAAGAUAUAUGCAGAUAUCUUUCGUCCCAGGAUCGAUCAGAAGGUUCCUGCCAUCGUCAUGUGGGGGCCUUAUGGCAAGACUGGAACGGGUAUGCUCAACAUUCACUCCAUGCCACUGCGGGCAGGUAUUCCAGAGUCUCAACUCUCUGGCUAUGAGGGCUUUGAAGGACUUGACCCCGCAGAAUGGGUUCCCCGUGGCUAUGCAAUCGUCAACGUCGAUCCGCGAGGCGUGAAUAAUUCCGAAGGAAACAUCCACUUCUGGGGUACACAGGAAGGUCAAGACGGCCACGACGCAAUCGAAGAGCUAGCCAAGUUGCCCUGGUGUUCUGGAAAAAUCGCAAUGGCUGGAAACUCAUGGCUCGCAAUCUCUCAGUACUUUAUUGCUGCUGAGCAACCCCCGCAUUUAACGUGUAUCGCGCCGCUGGAGGGCUUAUCAGACCCCGUUCGCGAGGAAACUAUACGUGGAGGAAUUGCCAAUACGGCGUUUUCCGAAUCCAUUGCUGCUAUCCUUCCAGGAAGGAAUAAAGUGGAAGACUACGUUGCGAUGUUGAGUACGGAUGCUGGACUUGAGCACUACCUCAACGAUAAGCGUGUGGAUAUGACUAAGAUCAAGGUACCGGCCUACAUCGGAGCAAGCUACUCAUCGCCCAUUCAUGGCAUCGGCUCUUUGCGAGCAUUCGAGGAGAUUCCACAUCAGAACAAAUGGCUCAUUCUCCACGCGUCGCAAGAAUGGUACGAUCUAUACAGUCCAACCCGUACCAGCGAUCUAGCCCGAUUCUUUGAUUUCCAUCUCAAAGGCCUUGCCAACGAAUGGCCUCAGACAGUACCCGUGCGAAUGGCACUGUUGAACUUUUCCAAGCCAGCAUUGUUGGAUCAGGAAUUCGCUGAUCUACCCUGGCAUCUUCCAGACGUCACGAGACAGAAAUUGCAUCUCAGCUCUCUUGGCAAACUGACACACAACAAGCAGCAACAGCUGCAAGAAGAGGUAUUAGAGUACCAAGCCGACUCAUCAGACGAAAUAUCCUUCACCUAUACUUUCUCGACCAAAACCGUACUUACCGGUCCGUCCACUCUGGUCAUCGAUAUUGCAGCACCCAGUCAUGACGAUUUAGACGUUCACACUCACAUCUUCAAAGCAGAUGCAUCUGGAGCCCUUUUAUCGCAUCUCAACAUGCCCGUCCCUCCCAGCAGCAGCAACAGCAGUCCAGCCUCCACCGUCGAAACCAUGACGCAAAAUAGAAUCUGGCGUUACCUUGGUCCCAACGGUAUGCUACGCGCUUCUAAACGCCAUGUCCACGGGGCACUUCGGGCAAGGACGUGGGAAACGCUUUCACACGAAGGCGAGGAAAAAAUAAAGCCAGGGGAGGUGGUCAGACUGCGUGUCCAGCUGUGGCCUACAGGCAUUGUGUUUGAGGCUGGGGAACAGCUUGUUUUGAAGAUUAGUGGAAGGGAAAUGGGGUUGCGUGGUCUGCCUCAAUCGCCGGAGCCAAGCAAUAUGAACAAGGGGAAGCAUGUCUUACAUUUCGGUAGAUCCUCCGAGAAUUAUCUCGAGUUCUUCACGCUCUAG